AAAUGAACUUGGUGUGAAUUCACUCUGGUAUCUCCUUCUUACUCUCUACUUUCUUUCCGAGAAAAACAUGACUUUGUGCCUUUCUGUGGUAUUUUUGCUCCUAACAACAUACUCAAAUUUCUGCUCUUGUGCUGAACAGACAUUUUGUCCAGAAGGUUUUAUCUCCUUCCCAAAUGGCCUAUCUUGCAUCAAAGCCAUUAAUACAUCGUCCCUGAGCUAUAAUGAAGCAGUGGAAUAUGCAAACAAGAGAUCACUCUCGCUUGUCACAGUCAGAAAUGCACUGCAACACAGGAUAGUGAACCUCUACACUUUAAUGAGCUCUCAUACUCCAUUUUGGAUUGAAAGUGAUUGUGGUGAAGAAUGCACUGGGAACGAUUGCCGAUCAAUGGAGAUGGGAGUGAUAUCUAAUCGAUCCUGCUCUGAUAGCCUCCACUUUGUUGUGAUGAAAAUUUGUCCCAUUGUUCCUCCUUUUGCUAUGAUUUCAAAGCGUCAGUACAUUGCUUUGUCGCAAGAAUACAACUUAACUGUUCCUGAUAAUAUUAUUCUCAACAAUACUGAUAAUAGCACGUCAAUAAAUUGGCUUUUUAAUGGAGAAAUACUGCAAGACAGCUCUAUCACUCUUCAACCUGGCUAUCAUCUGUACUUUGAUUCUUUCCUUUCCAAUCACUCUGGUGUAUAUGCACUUGUGCAGUCAAAUCUUCGUCAGUCUGUCAUCAUAUUCAUCAUGGAAUUAGUUGAAGCAACUUUGAACGAAUUUACAGUAACUCCUGCUAAUGUAACGAUACCUACUGGACAAAUAGCUGUCCUUGAAUGCGAGUCUGGGGACAGUUUUCCACCUCCUGCCAUUGAAUGGAUGUACAUUGACAGCAUGAACAGGAUCACCAAUAUAUCGACACUAAACAAUACAAGAUAUUACGUGAGUCCUGUUCAUUCUCUUUACAUACGAGAGACCAAAGUGAUAGACAGUGGAGUCUAUGUGUGUACUGCUAGCAACAUAGCAGGGAGCAUGUCAGCCACUGGUUACCUCAAAGUCACUAACGAGUCUCUCUUAAAUGCUCCCCUAGUGGCCGUGUCUCAGAACCCUAGAAACCAAACAGUCUACGUGGGAGAGAAGUACACCAUCGAAUGCUGUGCCAUGUUCAGCAUGCCACAGAGUGUCAUUGCAACCGAAUUAACUUCAGCUCUUCUCAUAAACUUCAGGGAAGUUCGCCAGCCUGGUCAAGGGAGGGGCAGAAGCUCUCUUUAUUACUACUCCCUCAUGGAAAGGACCUUCCCAAUUAUGCAGUUUGAAGCUGAGGAGGAAGGAGAGGAUCGGUUCUCCUGUCAUGUAACUGCUAAUCUUUACACACUCAAUAGUAUUCAAGUGGCAAUUAGCACAACCGCCACUAUUACUAUUAACGUAAAAGCCAGUGUUAAAGAUAUUAACACAAGCACCAAUGACACUCUAAUAAGCAUUGGAACAACAGUGACACUCUACUGUGACUACACUGGCCCUAGUGUCAAUUGGUAUUACAACUCCCUCCCAUACACUACUAAUGUCAGUAACCCUACUAACGGUCGGAGUGAGCUCACACUUAAUAAUUUUAAAUUAUCAAACACUGGAACCUACCAGUGCAUUGCUAGCAAUGACUAUCAGACAAUGAUCAGAUCGAUAACACUCUCAGCUAAAGAUGGUGUUCCUGGUAUAGUCUAUUACAAUGCAACUGUGAUCUCCUACUCUUCCAUUCUAAUCAUCUGGUCCCCACCUCAAGUACUAAACACGCUCUAUCCGACUCUACUAGGCUAUGAGAUACGCUACAGGAAACUCGAGCCGUUCCAACCAUUGGAGAACUUUCAAGUCGUAACCUCAAUAUUUGAUACCAGAUACACACUGAGCAGUCUCCAGGCAGGGAUGCUCUAUCAGAUCAAUGUGAUUGCAAUGACUACAACUUCCUAUGGACCAGAUCACAUCAAGCUAGUCAGCAUUCAACCAGAACCAGUACGAUCAAGUUCAACGACUCUCAUUACACCCACUUCAAGCUCAAUAUCAAGAUCAAGUGUUCCCAUUACUACAUCAUCAGUUAGAACUGUCCUAACUUCAGUGACUCCAACUUUUACUAUAGCACCAUCAGUUGGAGGCCUCAACCCCAGCAAAACUCCUCUCUCAACAGUAAUUCUGACUGUAGUACUUUCGCUGCUCAUUUUAAUCAUUUCUGUCAUUGUUUUAGUUUGUGUAUUCCACAGAUGCUGGUGGAACUAUAGAGGAUGGAAGGGUAACUACUCUCCGGAGAAGGUUGAAGAGGUUCACCAGCGAAACAUAAUGCUCAACUUUGAGCCUAAACUGAUUCAACCAGCUCAAGCAUUUGAUUCUGCAACUGAUCUUGAGAGCGAGAGCAGUGGGACUACUCUUGAUGUCGUGAGAGUUGAUAAAAUCUACCACAGUCAAGAGAAUGUUAUAUACGACAGUCUUGAGAGCCUCAAGCUUCAAUCGGAGAAUGUUUAGACUGUGCCAGACCAGUUCAAUGAUGUGUAGUGUAAUAAUUAGCUUUAGAAUUUCAUUUUUGCAUGUUCCUUUAUUUAGCAAUGAUUUGAUUUGAGCUUGUUUUGUUUUUGUUUCUGUUACAGUCAUGCUGCCAUUAAUUUUUCAAUGC